CCCAAACAACCUCUCUCCUAGUAACCAUGUUCACCCUACGGGAUGCAAUCUUCCUCAUCGAGUUGGCAUUCUACUGUCCCAUUCCGCCUGUCGUCAUCUUCAUUCUCCUAAUACAUGGCGGCAAGAAGCCAUACACAUGGCGCCCUAUUCUCAUACCUCUCUUUAUUCUCUCCGGGCUGCGAAUCACCAGUGCAUCACUAGGUCUAGCAGCCAUAAAUCCCGACAAGUCUAAUCUCCUCCCCACAGCGACACUACUGGACACGAUAGGACUAGCACCAGUCCUGUUCCUACUUAUUGGGAUCCUAGUUCGAGCCAACGCCCCGCUCCGCAAAGGCCUCUCCAUUUGGAUAUUCCUCCCCUUCCAACUGAGCAUCAUAGCCGCAACAAUAAUGACAGCCUAUGGUGGCCGCGGCCUCUACACAACCGACCAGCAUCAAACCAAGGACCUAACCUUAAUGCGCGCCGGCAUCUGCAUCUCCAUCGCCAUCUUCGCCAUCACGGUCCUCCUAUCCGUAAUCACACUAUUCAAAGUACAAGGCGGAUACGGCAACGAGCGUGCAGCUGCUGUAUGUGCUGUCCUGUCGAUCCCGUUUAUGAGCGUGAGGUUGGCUUUUUCGGCGGGAAGUUUGUUUUCGGGGGAUGGGAGCGUGCUAGAUCCGAUGGCGGAGGAUGACACGGGGGUUUGGUUGCAUUUGUUUAUGGUUAUUGUUAUGGAGUAUGCUGUUGUGCUUUCAGCGACGGCGGUGGCGUUGGGUUCGAGGAGGGUGGUGCUUGUGGAGAAGAAGGAUGAUGGGCUUGAGAAGGAGAUUGAGGUUCAGACUUGGAUUUGAUUCGGAUGGGACGGUAGUCUUAUUCUUGGCUUUUAGCUGUUUGGUUUUAUUUGAUGUAUGCU